AUGCAGGACCAAGCUACUAGUUCAAUUGCAGCCAGUUCAUUGCCUUCAAGUAGCGAGAGAUCUUCAAGCUCUGCCCUUCACGUUGAAGUCAAAGAAGGUAUGGAGAGCGAUGAUGAAAUAAGAAGAGUACCGGAGAUGGGUGGAGAGGCGGCUGGGCUGGGAGUUUCCGCCACGGGUCCGGUUCAGCCAUCAGGUGGCGGGCAAAGGAGGAGAGGUAGAAGCCCAGCUGACAAAGAAAACAAGAGGUUGAAACGGUUGUUGAGGAACAGAGUUUCAGCACAACAAGCUAGGGAGAGGAAGAAGGCAUACUUGAUUGAUUUGGAGGCAAGAGUUAAAGAGUUGGAAACUAAGAAUGCAGAGCUCGAAGAGAGGCUUUCGACUAUGCAAAAUGAGAAUCAAAUGCUUAGACAGAUACUGAAAAAUACAACUGCAGGAUCAAAAGACGGGCGAAAGUGA